AACAGCUCUCCGUUGCUUGUUACCGAAGUUAGUUUUUAUGCUAAUAUAUGUUUAGAGUAAUUAUCAAACGAUUCCAGCGCCGUAAAGACAAGAAAAUACAAUGGUUUUUAUGAGUAAGAGCAAUACAUUCAAACCGGUUAUGUUAACUUAGCCUAAACUUUUCGAAGAUGUAUAAAAACAAAGCUAGAUUCAAUUUGCAUUAAACUACGUGCUGACGCAGCCACAGUGCACGGCACAUGUGUUGCAGUUUUCAACACAUUUUAACGGUAGGUUUUUAAGAUGCUGUGCAAAAAAGACAGGAUGGGCGAAUUUGUUUCUCUUGUUUUUCAAAGAUGAUAGAAUUUGAAGUGAAAUUGUUACUCAUGUCAAUUUGUUCAUUCAAGCCAGAUAAACUGACCGGUAGUACUUAUAAUAUAAUGAAAAUUGAUGAUUUAAUGGAAGGUAAUUGCACAGCUUGAAAAGUAUCCGAUAAUUUGACAGGAGAUACCAUGGAUACAUACUAUUUACAGCUCAACUUCUAAACCAAUAACUGAAUGUUUACACUUGGUUUACAUCUAUCAUGGUCGCAAUAAAAAAAGGUUAAACAAAAAAUGGUUUAACACGAAUGUGUGAUCACAUUAACUUGGGGAAGACGACUAUUUAUGUGAGGCAGUUAUUGAAAAAGAAAUGUUUACUUACAGUGACGGUUUUUCCCACUUUGAUGGAAGGAAUCACUGGUUUAUGUACGUGGGGAAAUAUUGAUAUGCAUUAAGUUAAAUAGUGUGGACAUGUAGGAUGUCAUGGCGCACUAUGUGGCCAGAAGCCCCAUGCUGGUAUUUUCAUUCGUGGCUUUCCACAUUACCUCAACGUGCACAAGGUAUAAAACCAUGUUGUUUUAUGAUAAAAAGGGAACCAUUUUCCUCGUAAGGUGAACGAGCCAUUGGAAUCACGGGCCCCCAUGUGUUCAAUUGUUUUCUUGGCUCCAAGUUUGGUGUUCCACCUUAUUACCAUGGUUUAAUAGUGCAUGGACCUCACUUUUUACAGAGCCAUCACCCGGUUACUGAGACCAUGGAACUGAGACUGCCAAUCGCGGUCACAUUUUGUUUGUUUAUCAACAAAUGUUUAUUUACUAUUCAGACCGGCUCAAUUAUGCAAAGUGGGCGUGAAGUGCCGGCGAUCACUGUGGGUCCGUCACGCUCGUAACCACCGAUGUACACGGCUACUACCGAGGCCAGUCCAAAACACCUUCACUUGAUGAUAUUUCCAGUGAAACUGAUCAGAAAAAGCAGUGCAGGCUCACGCCUCCCAUUGGCCGCUGAGGGCAUUCCUUGCAUACCGUCUUGCCAUAUAUGGUCCGAAGUAGGCGUGGCUUAGAGUGCUGAUUCGCUGUCGUGUGCUCCCGAGGCUGGCCCAUGUGGGAUCGCAGCAGGCAGCCCGCGGGGGACUCCAGUCCUUGGGGAUGCCGCGCGUACGCUCAACUGCGAGCACUUGAUCGGAACAAAAGGCAGCCCCGAGAGAGUAGAAACCCCACCAGAAGUCAGAUUGGCUUUGCUGAGUUUGGGUCUCCCUUCGAACACAAUUCAGUGACAGUGUACACACCACACGUUAGUUUGUUACUCACGUGAGUUCCAGCAUUGGCGCGGUCAUAUAGUACACGCUCAGCUACUUACUUUACUUAACUGUUGGCUGUUCAUCCAUUGGGUCGUGUAGUACUAUCAUCAUCAACAUUGUAUUAAUAUAUAUUUUCUCGGUCAGUGUCUAUGUGUACACAUCGACGACGGUGGUACAAGUUCAACGGUGCAGCACCCGUCCACUCGAGGAGCAAAUUCACCACAAGUAUUUGGCACCUGUAUACUAGCUCGUGCAAGUCAGAGCUACCGACAAGGGGAUGCUUGUAAGACGUGCCAGUUUCCCGUCACGAUCGCGCUACUUUCUCACUUGCCACAGCGAUUCCCCACUUGCCGGACGGAUGAUAGCACAAGGUGUCCCACGCACGCUGUGAACUCUUCCGUGUACUGUCAAGUGUCGGAGUCAGUCAACCCCUGGAGUGAUAGCUGAGUUGAAGACGAGCCACGCGCCCUCACACCACCGUGGCUUGACCUACUAGUCCCCCCAUAACCACCAAUUGUUUUCCCCGUUCAUCUUCUUUUUCGUACACCCUUGCUUGCCCCCCGUCUAUCACUGUGCCAGCCACCAGAGCUACACCUCGUAACACCCACUGAGUAUACAGCUGUAGUGCCGGACCAAACCUCUGGUGCUCCUUGGCAGCAUUUCUGCUCGGCUUCGGUACAACACCAAGUGGUUCAUGUUUGGAAUCCAAGAUUCCCUCACCAGAGGCACGACGAACCUCAAAGAAGAGCCCUCCGGGAGCGCUCAAGUAGGAUCCAUACGCAGUUGGAUGCAACCGACCAUGGUGGAGCAAGGGUCCAGUUCAUGCGGGCUGGCUCGUGCUCAUUUCGAGAAACAACCACCAAGUAAUCUCCGCAAAAGUAACUUCUUCCAUUUUGUCAUUGCACUGUACGAUCGCGCCGGGCAACCAGUGGAGAUAGAGAGAACACAGUUUCUGGAUUUCAUCGAAAAAGAACGGGAACCGGAUAGCACAAAAACCAACAAUGGUAUCCACUACAGAUUACAACUGCUCUACAAUAACGGUGUCCGGACAGAGCAGGAUUUGUAUGUUCGACUCAUUGAUUCGAUGACAAAACAGGCUAUUGUGUAUGAGGGGCAAGACAAAAAUCCUGAAAUGUGUAGGGUGCUACUCACCCAUGAGAUCAUGUGCAGUCGCUGCUGUGAUAAAAAGAGCUGUGGAAACAGGAAUGAAACUCCCUCCGAUCCAGUCAUCAUUGACAGCUUUUUCUUGAAGUUGAACAAAGUCAAAUGGUACCCCGCCACAUUGGAAAUGAUGAAGACCCGAAUCGUGUGA